AUGGACCCCAAUAUCACCCCCACCGCCUCGGAAUCUGAUGCCGACCAACGCGGAACAAGCCCUGGCGGCGCCCGGCCUGUUGAAGAACCUCUUGAGCCUCGCGCUCCCACCACUCCUGAAGCUCACGUCCCCGCCGAGCAGGAUGAACUACCUGCCGUGCCCGAAAUUGCGCUCCCCCCGCCUGUUGAGUACGAGCAGGACGGAUUUUGGGUCGACUUACCUGAAGAACUCCAUGGUCUCGCCGGACGGCUCCAAGGGCCCAUUGAGUUUGAACUAGAUGACCAGGGUGUCGCCAGAUUGCGCGACCCAAACUUCGAUCCUGCUUUUGCUGAAGACGCCCUGGCACUUGCUCGUCACGUUCAAGCGCAGCCGCAAUUUGCGGCGCAACAACCUCGUGAGACUGAUGCCAAUGUCUGGGAACACACCUGGAACCAAAUGUUGCAGACUCUCGCCCCUGCACAACGAACUGUCAUUCAAAAUUUUGUCAAUGCGACCAACGCAUUAUGGCGAGAUCUUGUUGAAAACCCUGCCCGCGCAGAUCGUGAUACCCCAGCGGUCCUAGAUUUCUUGGAAAACACUGUUGCCCUCCGAAGAACCAUGAUCAGCUUAUCCGAUGAGGCCGUGGACAUAAUUGGAGUCUAUCUCGACGAGGCAGGUGAGCAGAUCGGGCGACUUUUGGCCAACCCAAACAUUCGCAACCCCGAAGACAUCGACGCAUUGAGAGAAAAUGUCGCCCCCCUACUCGAUAGCCUCAUCAAUACAAACCUGGCACAAUUGGGCUCCGAUGUGCCACAGCACGACUCCACGAAGUGCACAGUCUGUUUGGAGGACUAUGCUGAAAGCGAUGGCAUUGUGGUACUACCAUGCCACCCAACGCAUCACUUUCACCGGACCUGCAUUCAUGACUGGUUGCAAACUUUGGUUCCUGGACCCCCCCCCCCCCCCAACUGCAGACCCCAAUUCUUCCCCAGACCCAACCAGGCACUCCCCCUCAAUGAUAAUUAA